CUCAUGUAGCUUUCAGUAUCUCCCUUUGUUUGUGAGCUACCUGUUGUUCUUGCCUUCUCCCUCGUUCUCCUUCUACAAGCCAAAGCACUGUACUAUUUCACUCCUUUUCAUCAAAUCGAAGAUUUCCCAAGCUUCAGCAUUUCCAUUACAGAUGGCUUUACAGACAUCAAACCCCCCAACCACUCCCAGUGCCCAAGUGAUUGGCAAUGCUUUUGUUGAGCAGUAUUACCAUAUUCUACAUCACUCACCGGAAUUGGUUCAUAGAUUUUAUCAAGAUUCAAGUGUUCUUAGCCGACCAGAUAUCAAUGGGCAAAUGACAUCGGUCACGACAAUGCAAGGUAUCAAUGAGAAGAUUCUUUCCCUGGAUUACAAGAACUAUAAGGCAGAGAUUAAAACUGCUGAUGCUCAGAAAUCUUAUAAGGAAGGAGUAACUGUGUUAGUGACUGGCUGCUUAACGGGCAAGGAUAAUUUGAAAAGGAAAUUUGCACAAUCAUUUUUCCUUGCUCCACAAGACAACGGGUACUUUGUUCUAAAUGAUUUAUUUAUGUAUUUAGAAGAUGGUGAACCAUUGGAGAAUCCUAAAGUUAACCAUGUUGAAGAUGUGCCUAGAGCCUCCUCCCCAAUGCCCACGGCUGAGCCAGCUCAUGUUCCCAGGCCUCCUGCCCCUUACGUAUCAACUUCUAAUGCGGAAGAGCAUCAAAAUGUGGCUGAGAAAGCUUAUGAGCCAUCAGACAAUGAGAUACAGCAAGGAAAUGAAAAAGUAAAUACUGAAGAGUCCUGGUCACGGUCAAAUGGAAAUGAAGUUCCUGUUGGUGAAUCAGCUUCCUCUUCUGCCCAGGAAGAUGCUCCAAAGAAAUCUUAUGCCUCAAUUGUGAAAGUAACUAAAGGGAGUCUAGGGCCAAUUAAAGUUUAUGUACCUACUAAUCCUGCAAAAGUAACACCAAAGGAAACUGAGAACCAGCCUAUUGCUUUGGCAUCACCUCCUUCACCAGAAAUAGCUGCACCUGGUAGCGUUGAUGUGCCUGAGAAUGACAACAAUCAUGAGGAAGCUGAGGGCUACUCCAUUUACAUUCGUAAUUUGCCCUUCAAUGUGACUCCUACUCAGCUUGAGCAGGAGUUCAAGAGGUUCGGACCUAUCAAACAGGGAGGAAUCCAAGUUAGAAAUAAUAGGCAACAAGGAUACUGUUUUGGUUUUGUUGAAUUUCUUUCCUUGAGCUCCAUGAAUGAUGCAAUCCAGGCCUCACCACUCACUAUUGGGGGACGACAAGCUGAUGUGGAGAUAAAAAGGACUUCAACUCGAGUUGGCAGUGGUGGAAGAGUUACUUUCCCUUCUAGAAGGGGAGGAUAUCGAAAUGACAGCUUCAGGAGUCGUGGAAAUUAUGGUGGUGGCCGAGGUUUUGUCAGAAAUGAAUACGCAGGCCGGGGUGAAUUUUCUGGUCGAGGCAGGGGUUCGGGGCGUGGUGAAGGGAGAGGUAGAGGAGGAGGCCGUUCCAGCAGAAUAAAAUAGACUUGUAGUGUAUCUGCUUGAAACUUGAUGGAGUGGUUUUCGGCCGCAAAUUCUUUUGACAGUGAGCCGAACCCCCCCUUUUCUUUUACCUCAUCAAUUUCUCUAGAAAAUCAACUUCUAGACACAGAAUUGGAACAAUGUUAAGAACGAUGGCAUUGCUAUAGUUUAGUGCUUCAUUUAGGGAAUUUUUUGUAAGGCCCUCAUUUCACAAUAGGUUAUGUAACACUGCAGAAUCUCAGUCUUCCUCCAGUUUUUCACUAAACAACCUUUGAUUCU